AAGAAGUCGAGAGCCGGAAACAGAGACAGCUCGCUUUCAAAGUAAAAGUUAAGCGUUUUGAAGCGUGUUGGCCGCAGCUCAAUUUAAGAAGAGGCUACAAUAAACAAAUAAACAAAUAGACGAAACAAUGAGCAUAAUUCAUAACUUCUUUUACACAUCUUGGAGAUAAAACUAUGUUAGGCGGCGGAACCAUCCCAGGGAUUUUCAAAGUAAACGCAGCGUGUGUUAUGGAGAUGCACUGAGCCGCUGCAGACAUCGACGUGACGUACAGGUGUGGGACCUCCGUUGGUAUGCUGAUGCAUAAACUCAUCCAGUGACUGCAUCAUGAUAACCUGGAAACAGCCAGAGGAAACUAGCAGUUGGUGUUAGUCUUUGAUCCUGUCAGAGUGGGACGCGUCUAUCAGGGGACUGAGAAGGGAGCAGUGACAACUUAGAACAUGGUGCCUAAUACUCACCCGACAAUGUCCCUCUUGCCCAGAGGAGCGUUGCUGUUCCUGCUUCUACUCAACUGCAUGGUGAUCUCCUCCCUGGCAGACAGCUUGCCAAGUUUUGUCAAAUCCCCAGAGGACCAGACGGGCAUCUCAGGCAGAGCUGCGUCGUUUGUGUGCCAGGCCGCCGGGGAGCCCAAACCCAGAAUCACCUGGACGAAGAAAGGCAAGAUAUUCACCUCCCAGCGCUUUGAGACGGUUGAGUUUGAUGAUGGCUCGGGCUCCGUACUGCGGAUCCAGCCACUGCGUUUAAACAGAGAUGAAGCCACUUUCGAGUGCACAGCCAAUAACAGUGUUGGCGAGAUCAAGACCAGUGCCAAGCUCACAGUGCUUAACGAGAACCAGAUCCCCCAUGGCUUCCCCACCAUAGAUAUGGGUCCCCAGCUGAAGGUGGUUGAACGGACCAGAACUGCCACCAUGCUGUGUGCUGCCAGCGGAAACCCAGACCCAGAGAUCUCCUGGUUCAAGGACGGGCUUCCUGUGGACAUCAGCAGCAACGGACGCCUUAAACAGCUUCGCUCAGGAGCCCUGCAAAUUGACAACAGCGAGGAGUCAGACCAGGGGAAAUAUGAAUGUGUUGCCAUGAACAGUGUUGGGACCCGUUACUCUGCUCCUGCCAAUCUCUACGUACGAGUGCGAAGAGUCCCACCCAGAUUUGACAUUCUACCCACCGACCAAGAGGUGAUGCUAGGUGGCAGUGUCAACCUGACAUGUGUUGCGGUGGGCUCGCCGAUGCCUUACAUCAAGUGGAUGAUGGGCUCGGAGGAUCUGACCGAGGAGGAUGAGAUGCCAAUGGGACGCAACGUGCUGGAGGUCACCAACAUCCGUGAAUCGGCUAACUACACUUGCCUGGCCAUCUCCUCCCUGGGCGUUAUGGAAGCCACAGCCCAGGUCACAGUCAAAGGUGACCAGAUCUGAACCGUUCCGGACCCACCCUGGCGCCUCUUUGUCCUUGGGGCCCAACCAGAGAUGCCGUCCAAGAGCAUUGUAGCUGUGCUUUUUUUUUCUCUUUGUUCUCCCUCCCCUCUAUGUCCUUACACACACAACACCUACCCACUCACACAAACACACACCAAACCUGCCAAAAUUUACGCUUCAAAAUACGAGAGGUUUUUUUUUUUUAAUGUUUUACUCGAGUUAACGACAACUGUGUUCGUUACUGUAAGUGCAACAAAACCAUCACGAGUAAAAAGCCAGUAAGUACUUAAUCAAACCACAUGUUCAAUAAGCAUAAACAUGUAGAAAAGCAACAUUUUCAACUGCUUUGCCCACAGUGUCCCAUCCACCGCCGGUACUUUUUACACAACCACAGCACAUUGGUUAAGUUGCCACGACACAUAUCCCAUGCAGAAGCUGAGAAACACCCAUUUGGUUUGUAUCGCUAUGAGAUCCUCCAAAAUAUUUUGUCGCACUGCAUUUGGGCAGUCAGCUUUCUCUGUGAAAGCCACAACUCAGUGAAAGGCCCUACCCGAU